CUACUCCACUACCACUACCACUACCACUACCACUAAUCCUAAGAAAACACACUCAAACAACACAGAUCACUCAAACAACACAGAUCAUUCUUCAAGAUUUCUAACCCAUAAAAAAUGGAGUCAAUUGGUGUGCUAUUAGCGUGCCCAAUGAACUCCUACCUUGAAGAGGAGCUCAACAAACGCUACAACCUCUUCCGCUUCUGGAACUUUCCAGACCGCGCUCAAUUCCUCUCUCAGCACGCCAACUCCAUCCGCGCCGUCGUCGGGAACGCCUUUGCUGGCGCCGACGCCGCCCUUAUUGAUUCACUUCCGAAGCUCGAGAUCGUCUCGAGUUUCAGCGUUGGGCUUGAUAAAAUUGAUUUGGGGAAAUGCAAGGAGAGAGAAAUUAAGGUCACCAAUACCCCUGAUGUGUUGACUGAUGAUGUUGCAGAUUUGGCAAUUGGGCUUAUGCUUGCUGUUUUAAGGAGGAUUCCUCAGUGUGAUCUUUAUGUCAGAAAUGGGUUGUGGAAGAAAGGGGAUUUCCGAUUGACUACUAGGUUUAGUGGCAAAAAGGUUGGAAUUAUCGGUUUGGGCAGGAUUGGUGCUGCAAUUGCCAAGAGAGCUGAAGCAUUUGAAUGUCCAAUUUCUUACUUCUCUAGAACUAAAAAAGCAGAUUCAAAUUACACUUACUACCCUAAUGUAAUCGAACUCGCCUCUAAUAGCGACAUAUUAGUAGUUGCUUGUGCCCUAACAGAAGAAACACGGCAUAUCGUCAACCGUGAAGUCUUAGACGCUUUGGGUCCUAAAGGUGUCCUGAUAAACAUCGGAAGGGGCCCGCAUGUAGAUGAACCGGAGCUCGUAAAAGCACUUGUUGAAGGCCGAGUAGGUGGGGCCGGGCUUGAUGUGUUUGAAAAUGAACCUCAUGUUCCUGAAGAGAUGUUCAAGCUUGAUAAUGUAGUGCUCUUGCCUCAUGUUGCAAGUGGAACUGUCGAGACUCGUACCGACAUGGCUAAUGUCGUUCUUCGGAACUUGGAGGCUCAUUUCAAUGGCAAACCGCUGUUGACGCAAUUAUGGCUUUUCCAAUUCUGCAAAAAGAAAUUAAUUUCUGCAUUGAGGAACUAUGUAAGCAACCUGAGCAUAAUCCAACCAAAAAUGGAGUCCAUAGGAGUGCUAAUGACUUCUCCAAUGAACACUUACUUAGAACAACAACUCGAUAAACGCUUCAACCUCUUCCGCUUCUGGAAAUCUCCUGACCGCACCCAAUUUCUCUCUCAAAACGCCGAUUCAAUCCGCGCAAUCGUCGGAAGCUCCUCCGCCGGCGCCGAUGCUUCCCUCAUCAACGCUCUCCCGAAACUCGAAAUCGUCGCUAGUUUCAGCGUUGGACUUGAUAAAAUUGAUUUGGGGAAAUGCAAGGAGAAGGGUAUUAGGGUUACGUAUACCCCUGAUGUUUUGACUGAUGAAGUUGCUGAUUUAUCAAUUGGGCUUAUUCUUGCUGUUUUGAGGAAGAUUCCUCAGUGUGAUAGUUUUGUCAGAAGUGGGUUGUGGAAGAAAGGCAAAUUUCCCUUAACUAGUAAGUUUGGUGGGAAAAUAGUUGGAAUCAUUGGUCUAGGAAGGAUCGGCAUUGCGAUCGCUAAGCGAGCUGAAGCAUUCAACUGUCCGAUUUCUUAUCACUCCAGAACAAAAAAAGCAGAAUCUAAUUACACUUACUACCCCAGUGUUCUUGAACUUGCCUCAAAUUGUGACAUACUAGUAGUUGCAUGUGCCCUAACCGAAGCAACACGGCAUAUUGUCAACCGUGAAGUCAUGGACGCUUUGGGCCCUAAAGGUGUCCUAAUUAACAUCGGAAGAGGACCUCAUGUUGAUGAACUCGAGCUGGUAAAAGCACUUGCUGAAGGCCGACUAGGUGGGGCCGGGAUUGAUGUGUUUGAACACGAGCCUAAUGUUCCGGAAGAGUUGUUCAAACUUGAUAAUACAGUGCUCUUGCCUCAUGUUGGAAGUGCAACAAUGGAGACCCGUACUGAUAUGGCUAAUCUUGUUCUUGGUAACUUGGAAGCUCAUUUCAAUGGCAAACCAUUGUUAACCCCUGUUGUUUGAUUUUGUGAAGGUCUGUUUAUGUAACAUAGGUUAAGUAUUUAAUGUAUUAUCAGGAAAUAACUUCUGCCAUGAACAUGUUGUUGAUAGUUACUUGAACAUUACGUUGCAUGAAUCAUCUUGUAAUUCCUGGAUGUCUGGGUAAAUAAAAUGUAUCUUGUUCAGUUGUACCA